AUGGCAGCUUGUUCUUUUGACCUUCGCUUUAUAUAUGUACUAGCUGGGUGGGAGGGAUCAUCAUCAAAUUCUUCUAUGUUAAAAGCUGCACUAAAAGCUGGUUCCAAGGUUCCCAGAGAUAUAUAUUAUCUCGUUGAUGCGGAUUAUGCGAACACACGAAACUUCAUAGCUCCAUUUAGGGGUGUGAGGUAUCAUUUGAAGGCUUAUGGUUGGGGAAUUUUAGCCCCACAAAAUGCGAAGGAGCUCUUCAAUCUUCGGCAUUCAUCUCUUUGGAAUGUUAUUGAACGUGUAUUUAGUGUGUUGAAGAAAAGAUUCCCUCUCUUGAAAGUGGCAACACCAUAUCCUUAUGAAACACAAGUUAAGAUAGUCGUUGCUGCUUGUACUGUACAUAAUCAUAUCCAAACUAUAACAGGUGGUGAUGAUUGGCUCUAUGAGGAGUACGAUAGGGAUCUUGCAUGUGGAUCAGUUGAAAGAACAAAUAUUGAAUAUAAUGAUGUAAACCCUCAGGCUGAUAAAAAUGAUGACAAUGAAUUGCGAGAUCGUAUUGCUAAAGUACUUUGGGAUGGAUAUUGUGCUCACUGUUGA